AUGAGUACAAGGGACAAUAGUAACGGUCUUACUGUUCGGAUUUAUAACUUGGAAAGCACUACUACGACUGCCAAAAUCAAGUCGUUGUUUUCCAAAUACAACCCCAUUUCAUAUGACAUUCCACGAUACAAAACAGACACUCCAAUCAGUUCGUGCAUUAUCAAAACAAAUAACUCCACUGAUUCUGACAGAAUGAUUGAAGACCUUCAAAACAGUGAAUGGGAAGACACACCAGUAAAAAUUCAACUUGACAAAAUGGACGAAUCCGACAAAACCCUAAUUUUUGUGUAUCGUCCCCUUGAGAAAAAUGAAGAUGAAGUGAAAGAAUUUUUGAGUGAUUUUAACAUCAGAAAAGUGACACAAAUAAUAAAGAAAAAGGGUGAGUUAAAAGGCGACUACAUCACUGUAGUUGUCAAAGAUUUCAAAACUUUGAACCAAAUGUUGGAGGAUUUUAAUAAAAAAGUUGUGAACUCUCGUAAACUCCAAAUUCUUUAUUUUGAUGACAAUGGAACAAAUAUUAGAAAGUGUUUUGUAUGUGGGAAAUUUGGUCACAAAUCACAAGACUGUCCCGAGAAGGAGAGUGAAAAGAAAAUUGUUGAAGAAAAAGAAGAACAAAAAAGCACAAAAGUAGACAAUAAAAAGACGACUCAAAAGGCAAAAGUGUUAGAAACCCAAAGUGAGAAAAAGGCAGAGAAAGAAAAAACGAGUAAAAAGGUAGAUAAACAAGAUGUUGAAAUAAAGAAAAAGCAAGUGACUCCAAUGGAAAUCGAAAAAGAUGAAAAAAUACACACCAAAAAGGAGACUAUAAUACACUCAAAAAUGGAAGAAGACGACGAAGAAGAAGAGGAAGAAAGUGAGAACUCUUCGAGUGAGUCAUCUAACGAUAAAAGUGAAAAAGAAGAGGAGAAAGAAGAAGAAGAAGAAAUUAAAAACUUUUUGAGUGAGUUAUCUAACGAUGAAAACGAAGAAGAAAAAACACAAAAUAAAGAUCAAUUAAAAGAUAUUAAAAAUACGACUAAAACUGCUGUGAAAAUGGAAGAGGAAACUAACAGUAGUGAUGAUGAAAGGAGUAGUAGUAGUAGUACUAGUAGUAGUAGUGAAGAUUUGUCAUUUGAUGCGCCAUCCAUAGAGAAAGAGGAAAGUGAGGAGUCGAGUAGUAUUGAUGUUGAAGUUGUAUCUCGUCCAACUAAUAUAAUUCAUCAUUUUGAAAUUCAACAAAACACCAAUGCUCGACAAAGUGAUAAAAAAGAAGAUGAAAAAUCAACUAUAGUUAAUAGUAAAAGUGUUAUAAAAGAAGAUACAAGCGACGACGCGCCACUGGAGAUUUCAAGUCGAAAAGAAGAUAACAUAUUGCCUGAAGAAACAUCGCCUAAAAAGGAUGAAAAUGAUAUUAAGACGACACCCCCUCCUAUCACUACUCAAUCGGUACCAACGGCUCAACAGAAAGUAACUGAAAGUACUUUAGAGAAAAGAGAAAGAAAAAUAAAAGAAAUUUGUGAACAUGUGAAAAAUGCUCCAACAAAUGUUUUGAAUAAUAUAUAUUACAUUUUGGUAAGCAAGGAAUACGAAAAUCGUAAGAAACAGAAGAAUGAAAAAAAGCAAUCGGAAAAGAAACACGCAAAACCAGAGGAAAAAAACACAAAACCAGAAAUUAAAUGCCUAAAACCAAAGGAUGAAAACAAAAAUACUCAAAAGAAAAGUCUUUCGUUUUAUGAUCGAAAAACGAGACAAUUUGAAAUGAAUAAUACCAAGAAAAAUACUAAAAAAGACUAA